AUGGCCUCUUACACGGAUAUCCACCGGUUCCUGGAGCCGCUGAGCAUCGACGUUGAUAGAUCGGAGGGGCUUUCGCGGGGGUUUCUGGGGACUUUCAGGGAUCUGGCUGCGAAUUCGAGGGACCAAGGAGGGACAAAUCUUCGAGUUGGCUUCGUCGAGCUGCAUGGCGACGACAAAGAUCCUGCAUCACGUGUCCAGCGACCACUGGAGAGAUCAUGGCCCAUUGCCAACCAUCUAAAAAACGACAACGCAAACAGCCUCUUUUCAUGGAUUGGGAGAUGCAUCGCCGACGUUGUGGACGAGGGCUGUAGAACCUUUAACAUAGCUAACGAUGAGCCCCUACCUUUGGGCGUCACCUUCAGCUUCCCCAUGGAGCAGCGAUCUGUCUCUCACGCCUUAUUGAUGGACAUGGGCAAGGGAUUCGCCCUGCCGUCUGGCAUCGACUUGGGGGCUUAUAUCGAGCAGGGCUACGCAGAUUCUCGACAGACUGGGCUACCACCGAUCAAAGUCACCGCCAUAGCAAACGACGCUGUAUCGACGCUAGUGUCGUGCAUAUUCAGCUACGGCGGCAUGGAGCAUCGACGAGCAGCCAUGGCACUGAUUCUGGGCACGGGAUCUAAUGCUACGGUGCCCCUGAAGCUGGAUCUUUUGCAUCCAAGCAAACGCCCGCUGACGGUGAGCCUUCUUCCAGGCGAGGAGGUGGCCGACGCCAAAAUCGCAGUCAACACGGAGUGGAGCAUAAACGGCACGCUGCCGCCCAUGGUGAAGGCCAAUCUAGUCACUAAAUGGGACGAUGCUUUGUCUCUGCAGAACGAGAGGCCCGGAUUUCAGCCCCUGGAGUACAUGACGGCAGGAAGAUACUUGGGUGAACUAGCGCGAAUCAUUCUGGUUGAUUAUCUUGUCAACGAGUCCAAGGUGGCCAUCGAGACGUUGCCGCGGAAGCUGCUGGAAAAAGAGAGCCUGCCAACGACGUUCCUAAGUCACUAUAAGCCGCUACAGACCCCAUCCGCCCUGCUGGAGAAACUGAGACAGCAGAUCCCCGAAGAUGCCGAUUCCUCGUUUGCCUGGACGGAAGACCUCGCCGCGGCGCUGUACCACAUCGCAAAGGCCAUUGAAGUCCGGGCGUCUGGCAUUAUCGCCGCCGCCAUCGUCGCCCUGCUUACGCUUGCGGACGAGAUACCUGAGAGUGCAAGCGCAGACGUAAAUGGGGGCGUAAAUGGAGACGCAGAUACGAGUUCCCCCAUUCGCGAGCUUGGUGUUGGUUACACCGGUGGCUGCAUAGUUCACUUUCAGGAUUACUUGGCUGACUGCCAGCGCUUUUUGGACGAGUUGCUGGCGCGCAGAUUUGGCCACAACGGACGUCUGCGUGUGGUUUUAAAUCCUUGCCAUGAUGGCGGUGUUACAGGAGCGGGUAUUUUGGUCGUUGCUGAGGCGUCGUCGAGUAGGAAGAACAAUUAUACAAGAGAAAGUAGCCCGUUGUGCAUCCCAAGUCUCGCGCCAUCCGCGACACAGAGCACAUCACCACGCCCUAUUCCCUCGCCUACGCUUUAUUCCCGCACGGCAACGACUCACACAGUCUCCGAACAACGGCGUCAGGAAGUACUCACGAAACACCGCCCUCGUGAACUUCACGAUGGUGGCGAGCAAGGGAUUCCAGCAACAAAUCAACAGACUUCAAGCUACAUCAUCACCAACAGCAAAAACAACAGCCAAGAUGAUACCAAAGAUAACAUCCACGUCCACGUCGACAACACCAUCGAUGAACCUCCCACCGAACACUCCCCCCUCCUCCGCCACAACUCCUCCUCUUCCUCAUCAUCAUCCUCUUCCUCCACCACCACCGCACAGCCCUUCAUCUUCCUCGGCGAAACGUCUCCCACCCGCUUCUGGCUCAUCUUCGGCCAGAUCCUCUCCGCCCAAUUCCUCGCCAGCUUCGACAGCACCAUCAUGGCCUCAUCCCACCCCGUCAUCACCUCGCACUUCAAGGCCGCAAACUCAGCCUCCUGGCUUUCGACUGCGUUUCUGCUCACGUCGACGGCUUUUCAGCCGCUGCUGGGGAGGCUGUCGGAUGCAAUGGGCAGAAAACCGCUGUUCUUGAUAAGUCUAGCCAUCUUUGCCUUGGCGACGCUGUGGUGUGCUGUUGCGGGGAGCAUUGAGAGCUUUGUUGCGGCGAGGGCGGUUUGUGGGCUUGGAGCGGGAGGAGCAAUGACUCUGGGAAGUAUUCUGACGAGUGACUUGGUGCCGAUUGAACGCCGCGGCAACUACCAGUCAUACGUCAACGUAAGCUUCGGCGCCGGAGCCGCCUUCGGAGCCGCCCUCGGCGGCGCCAUGGCCGAGGCACUCGGCUGGCGGUGGGAGUUUGGAGUACAGAUCCCGCCGAUACUGCUCUGCAUUGCCGUCGCUGUGGUGGUGAUUCCGGACGACAUUGGGCUCAAGGGGGCGCGUAAAGGGGUUUGGGAGGCGCUCAGCGAGUUCGACUUUAAGGGUUCCAUUUUGCUGACUGUGUCGACGACGUCUGCCAUCUUGGGGCUGAACUUUGGCGGCAACAUCUAUCCGUGGACUCACCCCUUUGUCAUCGCCUCCCUCUCCAUCGCAGCCAUCUCCUUCCCAACCUUCCUCUGGAUCGAAUCCCGCGUCCACAUGCCCAUCAUGCCUCUCCGUCUAAUCCGCCACUCCCCUCGCGCAAACCUCAUCUUCUCCAACUUCAUCGCCGCCCUCCUUUCCAACUCCAUCCUCUUCAACAUCCCCCUAUACUUCCAAGCCGUCCUCCUCUCCAGCGCCACCUCCUCCGGCCUACGCCUCGCUCUCCCCUCCAUCGUCUCCUCCAUAACUGGCGCCUCGACCGGCUUCGCCAUCACCUACACUCGCCGUCUCAAGUGGCCCGUCGUGUCCGGCACGCUGUGGUAUCUCGCAGGCUGCAUCACCCUCUGCUUUCUGCACCGCGGCAUGUCCACCAUCGUCUACCUCCUCGUUCUUCUCCCCCAGUCCAUCGGCCAAGGCUUUCAGUUCCCGGGCACAUUCAUGGCUAUCCUGGCGUCUUCUUCGCAAGGUGAGCAGGCAGUCGUCACGAGUACUCUUAUUCUCUGGCGGUGCGUGGGCUUUGUGCUCGGAGUAGCGAUGAGCAGUCUCGUUGUACAGAACGCGCUGGUGUAUUAUCUAGAUUUUUUCGUCCAGGGCCAAGACAAAGCCGAGAUCAUCAGGCGCGUAAGGGGGUCCGUCGAGGCCGUUGCCCAGCUUGAGGAGCCGUACAGGGAACAGGUUGUGCAGAGCUAUGAGGCGUCUCUGAGGCUGACCUUUAUCCUCUGCUCCGUGAUCGCUGCAGUUUCGGUGCUCAUUAUUCUGCCUAUAAAAUUGCCACGGUUAGCACCAGUAAAUCGCAAGUCAUGA